AUGAACGGCGAAGCCGAGUGCCCUGCAGACCUGGAAAUGACAGCUCCCAAAAACCAAGACCGCUGGUCUCAGGAGGACAUGCUGACCCUGCUGGAGUGCAUGAGGAACAACCUGCCCUCCAAUGAUGGGAGCAAGUUCAAAACCACCGAGUCCCACCUGGACUGGGAGAAAGUGGCUUUCAAGGACUUCUCGGGGGAGAUGUGCAAGAUGAAGUGGAUGGAGAUCUCUAAUGAGGUGAGGAAGUUUCGGACUCUGACAGAGCUCAUUAUGGAUGCUGAAGAACACGUGAAGAAUCCUUACAAGGGCAAGAAGCUCAAGAAACACCCUGACUUCCCCAAGAAGCCCCUGACUCCCUAUUUCCGCUUCUUCAUGGAGAAGCGAGCCAAGUACGCCAAGCUUCACCCUGAAAUGAGCAACCUGGAUCUCACCAAGAUCCUGUCCAAGAAAUACAAGGAGCUUCCCGAGAAGAAAAAGAUGAAAUACAUCCAGGACUUCCAGCGAGAGAAGCAGGAGUUUGAGAGGAACCUGGCAAGGUUCAGGGAAGACCACCCGGAUCUCAUCCAGAACGCCAAGAAGUCCGACGUCCCUGAGAAACCCAAGACCCCCCAGCAGCUGUGGUACAACCAUGAGAAGAAGAUCUACUUGAAAGUGCGUCCAGAUGCCACCACGAAGGAGGUGAAAGAGUCGCUGGGCAAGCAGUGGUCUCAACUCUCCGAUAAAAAGAGGCUGAAAUGGAUUCAUAAGGCCCUGGAACAGCGGAAGGAGUACGAGGAGAUCAUGAGGGACUACAUCCAGAAGCACCCUGAGCUGAACAUCAGCGAGGAGGGCAUCACCCGCUCCACCCUCACCAAGGCUGAGCGCCAGCUCAAGGACAAGUUCGAUGGACGACCCACAAAGCCACCUCCGAACAGCUACUCCCUGUACUGUGCAGAGCUGAUGGCCAACAUGAAAGAUGUGCCCAGCACCGAGCGGAUGGUGCUGUGCAGCCAGCAGUGGAAGCUGCUCUCCCAGAAGGAAAAGGAUGCCUACCACAAAAAGUGUGACCAGAAAAAGAAAGACUAUGAGAUCGAGCUCCUCCGCUUCCUGGAGAGCCUGCCUGAGGAGGAGCAGCAGCGGGUGCUAGGUGAGGAGAAGAUGCUGGGCAGCAACCGGAAAGGGGCAACGAGUCCUGCGUCCAAAAAGUCCUCACCAGAGACCGGCAAGGCCAGCUCAGAGAAGCCCAAGCGGCCGAUCUCGGCCAUGUUCAUCUUCUCGGAGGAGAAGCGGAAGCAGCUGCAGGAGGAGCGGCCGGAGCUGUCGGAGAGCGAGCUGACCCGGCUGCUGGCCCGCAUGUGGAACGACCUCUCUGAGAAGAAGAAGGCCAAGUACAAGGCGCGGGAGGCGGCGAUGAAGGCGCAGUCAGAGAAGAAGCACAGCUCAGAUAAAGAGGAGCGUGGGAAGCUGCCAGAGUCCCCCAAGACAGCUGAGGAGAUCUGGCAGCAGAGCGUCAUUGGGGACUACCUGGCUCGUUUCAAGAACGACCGGGGAAAGGCACUAAAGGCCAUGGAGGCCACCUGGAACAACAUGGAGAAGAAGGAGAAGCUGAUGUGGAUCAAGAAAGCAGCAGAGGAUCAGAAGCGAUACGAGAGGGAGCUGAGCGAGAUGCGAGCUCCUCCGUGCUCCACCAACUCUACCAAGAAGAUGAAGUUCCAGGGAGAGCCCAAGAAACCCCCCAUGAACGGUUACCAGAAGUUCUCUCAGGAGCUGCUGUCCAACGGGGAGCUGAACCACCUGCCACUGAAGGAGCGCAUGGUGGAGAUCGGCAGCCGCUGGCAGCGCAUCUCCCAGGGCCAGAAGGACCACUACAAAAAACUGGCAGAGGAGCAGCAGAAGCAGUACAAGGUGCACCUCGACAUCUGGCUCAAGAGCCUCUCACCCCAGGAGCGAGCUGCUUACAAGGAACACACUUCCAAUAAACGCAAGAGCAUAGGGAAGAUCCGGGGGCCCAACCCCAAGAUGAAGCCAACAAUGCAGUCCAAGUCGGAGUCAGAGGAUGAUGAUGACGAAGAAGAGGAGGAGGAAGAUGAUGAUGAUGAUGACGAUGACGACGAUGACAAUGGCGACUCGUCGGAGGAAGGCGGCGACUCCUCGGAGUCCAGCAGCGAGGAGGAGAGCGAGGAUGGGGACGAGAACGACGAGGAUGACGAGGAUGAGGAUGACGAGGAUGAAGAUGACAACGACUCGGAGGGCAGCAGCAGUUCCUCCUCCUCCUCGGGGGACUCCUCCUCCCCCGACUCCGACUCCAACUGAUCCAGCCACGCUCUU